CAACUUAACAUUGUACAGAAUGGAUGGUUCAAAAUUCGUUACCGCAUGGCUGGUGCUGCUAAUGACUAUACCUGGUUACGUCAUGCCCCUGCGCAAUCCUAACUUUGGUUCAGACGUUGACGCAGCUUCACGCAGAAGACGAGACGACGCUCUUAAUGGCGAUGAAGCAGAGAGGUGGAUGAGCAACGUUGAGAAGAAGGCCACUCUAGACGAGGACCUGCAGUUGGUCUCCGUGGAAAGCGACCAGCCGGCGUCCCAGCACGAGUUUGAGCCUCUCGUCGACGAGUACGAGCCAGAACCUGAAGAGAUCUUUGAGCCUCUUGUCGAAGAGCCGGAGCCUGAAGAGAAGUUUGAGCCUCUCGUCGACGAGCCGGAGCCUGAAGUAUAUGAGGAGAUCAUCACAGAACAGGUGGACACGUCACCGCCUCCACAACACCUCACUACAGAGUCUGGAGCGAAACACAGAGUCAAGAACAAGGAUGCCUGGUCGCGGUUCCUGGAGUCCCACAAGCAGGAGGUGAUCGUCGCGAUCGGAAUCUUAGUGAUGCUCCUGCUUCUCAUCAUCACCAGCUGUGUUAACUGUGUCAUAGCAAUCAACUCACCACCGAAGCUCGAAGAAAGCAAGGAUAGAAAAAGCAAAAAGAAAAAGGGCAAAUCCAAAAAACAGAAACCACUCAUUAGUGAUGCGAGUUCAGCCAGUUCAGAAGAAAGUGUUUAAUCACUUAGUGAUUCCCCUAGUCGUCAUUGUAAGAUAUGUGGAUUUCACAGAUUUUAAUUCAACAGAAAGUGUUUAAUCACUAGUGAUACCCCUAGUGGUGACUGCAGAUAUGUGGAUUUCACCCAGUGAUGCCCCUAGUGGUGAUUGUAUAGAUAAGGAUUUCAAGGAUUAUAAUUCAACAGAAAGCAAUCAAUCACCUAGUGAUUCCUAAAGUGGUGACUGUAUAGAUGUGUAUUUACACGGAUUGUCAUUCAACAGAAAGUGAUCAAUCACCUAGUGAUUCCCCUAGUGGUGACUGUAUAGAUGUGCAUUUACAUGGAUUGUCAUUCAACAGAAAGUGAUCAAUCACCUAGUGAUUCCCCUAGUGGUGACUGUAUAGAUGUGCAUUUACAUGGAUUGUCCAACAGAAAGUGAUCAAUCACCUAGUGAUUCCCCUAGUGGUGACUGUAUAAAUGUGGAAUUCACGGAUUGUCAUUCAACAGAAAGUGAUCAAUCACCUAGUGAUUCCCCUAGUGGUGACUGUAUAGAUGUGGAAUUCACGGAUUGUCAUUCAACAGAAAGUGAUCAAUCACCUAGUGAUUCCCCUAGUGGUGACUGUAUAAAUGUGGAAUUCACGGAUUGUCAUUCAACAGAAAGUGAUCAAUCACCUAGUGAUUAUCUAGUGAUGAUCCUAUAGAUAUGGAUUUACACGGAUUGUCAUUCAACAGAAGCUGAUCAAUCAAAUAGUCAUUCCCGUAAUGGUGAUUCUAUAAAUGUAGAUUUCACGGAUUUUGAUUCAACAGAAAGUGAUCAAUCACCUAGUGAUUCCCCUACUGGUGACUAUAGAGAUGUCAUUAACGCUUGCGGUUAUGUUUAUUAUUAUUAUUAUUAUUAUUAUUAUUAUUUAAAAAAACAUAUUAUUUAUUUAUAAAUUAUUUUUAUUUUA